UAAUUUUGUUCCUGUUUAAUUCACUGUCGAAUUAUGAACACUUCGGUACAAUCUUUUUUAAUUGUUCUGUUGAUAAUAACUACAAUUGAAAUUCAAAACGUUAGAAGUGCAUUCAGAAAGAAACCUCCUUCAAGAUUUGUAGUUCUAGAAAAUGUGACAGCAACUGAGAGAUUCAAGAAACUUGUCCGGCAUUGUUUGACCAGUUUCAGCACUUGGAUGGUUCUUAUUGGAUAAAAAUAAAAACAUUGAAUUGAUUAUUUAGCUUUGCUCAAUAUAAGAUUUGUGCAUGUUUUACAUACAAAGUUUUACAAUCAAAAAUAAACUGAGUAAAGUUCUUAUGAUUUUGAGAAA